GUAAAUAAUCACAAAAUUCUCAAUGUUCAUUAUCGAUUGUGUUUAAAAUGGGUUGCAGUGAUUUUUUUUACAUUGAUAAUUGUCGCCGGAUCUGAACGAGACAAACGCGUGAUCACCACACUGAAAUACUCGAGGUACUAUGUAAAACCAACCGUUGUGAAUGGGAAACCAGCGCGAGAAAACCAAUUCCCUUACUUAGUUUCUUUGAAGGAGCCCUUCCGGAGGAUUUCUAGAACUAGAAUAGAAUGGGCCAGCUUCUGUGGCGGGAGUAUUAUUAGCGAAUCAAAGGUGCUCACAGCGGCGCACUGUUUCGAAUCCUACAAUUUCUAUUAUCUUCGAAAUCCGAGACCCAUACGAGCGGUCGCCGGCAGUUUGCGUACAAAGUUGAUACAUUCUGGAGAAUCGGAAACUACUGAGAAUACACAAUGGCGUAAAAUAUCAAGAGUGAUCAUACAUAGACAGUUUCACUUCCCAUCGAAUGAUAUAGCCUUGUGUUUCGUUGAUAAAAUAUGGAUGUUCAAUAGAAACAUCGAUUAUAUUAGGACAGCGAAAUGGAGGGCGGAUUACGCGACGAAAUGCGUCGCCAGUGGAUACGGCAAGACGAACAGUAGUGUGGAUGACUCUAUUUCACCAAUAUUGCUUAUGGCAAACAUAUCUGUUCUAUCUAGGCAUACGUGUUCUAGACUAUGGGAGAUAAAUAUGGAUACCUUUAUAUGUACGGAUUCUGCGUUAAGGGACGUUGCCGAAGGCGACUCCGGGGGCCCUUUGGUGUGUCACGAGACCAUAGAUCCUGCUGAAGAAGGCGAGAUCGGAUUGUUAGUUGGUGUUGUCAGUGGUAAAAAUUUUGAUUUGACGACAUUGUUUACAAGAGUCUCGGAGUACCACGACUGGAUUGAUAGAAAUUUUGCGAGUCGUUUUCGAAGUGGUGUUUUGUAUUUUAUCAUUGUAUUGUUAGUACACUAGUAUU